AACAUUUCCUUCUCCUUUCUGGCUUUAAGUCUAUUUUAAGGCGUUAGGUCUCUCCCGUCGAGUCGGCAUUUGGGAGCCAGGGAGGCGAUGCCGGUUUUCCUGGGAGGCCCUGCUCUGCUGUGGACAGCACUGCUGCUCCUCCUCUAUCCAGAUGGCAUGUCAGCAGGCACCCGGGAACCUACAGUGUCCUUGAAUCCACCGUGGACUACCAUAUUGAAAGAAGACAGUGUGACUCUUACAUGUAAAGAGAACAAUUCUCUUGAACUCGACUCUACUGUGUGGUUCCACAACAAGACCAGGUUGGGAGUGACAACUUUAACUUUGGACAUCGUGAAAGCCCAAACCCGCGAUAGUGGGGAAUACAGGUGUCAGAACAAAGGAUCCAUCCUGAGUAAACCUGUGUCCUUAAAAGUCUUCAGUGAGUGGCUGCUCCUUCAGGCCUCUACUGAGGUGGUGCUGGAGGGUGAGUCCUUCCUCAUCAGGUGCCACAGUUGGAGGAAUCUGAAUGUCAAAAGAGUGACCUACUACAGGAAUGGCAAGUUCCUCCAGUUCUGGUACGACAACUACAACAUCACCAUUCACAAUGCCACAGAAACAGACAGCGGCACCUACUACUGCACGGGCUGGAUUUCGAAGAAAAAUCACACCUCUAACUUCCUCAACAUCGUUGUGAGAAAAGAUUCCCCUCCGGAGCACCAAAGCAAAUACUACUGGCUACAAUUUGUGAUCCCAUCGUUGGUGGUGCUUCUGUUUGCUGCGGAUACGGGGCUGUUUAUCUCGACCCAGCAGCAGCUGACCCUGCUCUUGAAGAUUAAGAUGACCAGGAGGAGCAGGAACCUUAUGGACCCACGUCCCAAGCCAGACCCCAAAAAGAACUGAUGUUGCUACUUGGGAAACAUUUGCAACGGCAACCUCUUUCUGGCAUCAGCGAUUGCUUCUCCGUGGUCAAACACAGCUCGCAACGCACACAGGAGCGUCUGGACGCAAGGCUUUACAGACCUGCUUUAUUAAACCAGCUGAAACUGGUUACAUGGCAUGUAACAGCAAGGGCUCAAUAAACAUCACUUAAACGCAAGAAUGAAUAU